UACAGCCACGCUGGAUUCAUUCAUUCAUUUCAUUUCUGUGGUGUCACAAUCUGUUACGCUUCAUUUAAUUUCUUUCCCGUCGCGGUUCGCUAUAGCAAUAUGGGCGCUGUGGGUUGCCACUGCCCAACACUUGUGAAUCCAGACCUAAACUGCCAAAACAAUCUUUCAGAGGUACCUCCUCCCUCGGGCCUGCAACCUACCAAAGCUAGAACAAUUCCCUCAAACCAUUCUUUCCAAAUGAAAGCGAGUUUGAUGCUGCUUCCGCAAUUUCUUUGCAUGUCCUAAACAUACCAGUCAUGUAUCUUUCCCGACCUACCGGCGUUGCCCGUUUUGCUGCCUCCUCCUCCUCCUCCUCCUCAGCUUCCCUAUUCCCUGGAGUGGAUGUGGACACAACAACUAAAACUGGAGCUUUGCACUUUGAAGAAACAAAAGAAAGAAUUAAGAAAUUGUUCGACAAGGUUGAACUUUCAGUUUCUGCAUAUGAUACUGCAUGGGUGGCAAUGGUUCCUUCUCCAAACUCUCUCAACCAACCUCUUUUCCCCGAGUGUAUAAACUGGGUAUUAGAUAGUCAACAUGCUGAUGGCUCAUGGGGCCUACUCCACAACGAUCAGUUGCUGAUGAAGGCCAAUCUCUUAUCUACAUUAGCAUGUGUUCUUACUCUUAAGCGGUGGAAUAUUGGGCAUGAUCAUAUGAGCAAGGCCCUUGAUUUUAUCAAGUCUAAUAUAGCUUCAGCUACUGAUGAGAACCAACGUUCUCCGGUGGGAUUUGACAUUAUUUUCCCUGGCAUGAUUGAGUAUGCUAAAGACUUGAAUUUGAAUCUACCCUUGGCACCGACGAACGUGGAUGCCUUGGUUCGAAAGAAAGAGUUGGAGCUGAGAAGCUGCAGAAGCAACUCUGAAGGUGGAAAAGCCUAUUUAGCGUAUGUUUCAGAAGGAAUUGGAAAGUUACAGGACUGGGAUAUGGUCAUGCAAUAUCAAAGGAAGAAUGGAUCACUGUUUAAUUCUCCAUCCACUACGGCAGCGGCUUUUAUGCAUAGAAAUGAUGAUGGCUGUUUUGAUUAUCUUCGCUCACUCUUACAAAAGUUUGAUGGCUCAGUUCCCACAAUAUAUCCUCUUGAUAUAUAUGCUCGAUUACACAUGGUUGAUAGCCUUCAAAAAUUCGGAAUUGCUCGGCAUUUCAAAGAGGAGAUUAGAAGCGUAUUAGAUGAAACUUACAGGUGUUGGAUGCAAGGAGAGGAAAAUAUAUUCUUAGAUGCUUCAACUUGUGCAAUGGCCUUUCGAAUGUUACGUGUUGAAGGAUAUGAUGUUUCUUCAGACCAGUUGACUCAAUUUUCAGAAGAUAUCUUUCCCAAUUGCCUUGGAGGAUAUUUAAAAGACUUCGGUGCCUCGCUGGAGUUAUAUAAGGCCUCUCAGAUUAUCACGCACCCCGAUGAAUCUGUUCUGGAAAAUAUAAACUCUUGGACUAGUCGUUUCCUGAAGCAUGGAUUAUCUAGUGAUUCAGUUUGGUCUGAUAGAACCGAUAGUGUUGUUAAACAAGAGGCUGUUAAUGCUCUUGAGUUCCCCUAUAAUGCAACUCUAGAACGCCUAAUAAGUAAGAGGGCAAUGGAAAGUUACAGUGGAGACAUUGUGAGGAUUUCAAAAUCGCCAUAUGCCUGCUUAAAUUUUGGCCAUCAAGAUUUUCUGGAACUUGCUGUAGAGGAUUUCAAUACCCUGCAACGCAUUCAUCUUAAAGAACUGGAAGAGCUUCAAAGAUGGGUGGUUGAAAACAAAUUGGACGAGUUGAAAUUUUUCAGACUGCACCUAGGGUACUGCUAUUUUGCUGCGGCAGCGACCCUUACUGAUCCUGAACUUCAUGAUGCUCGCAUAGCAUGGGCACAAAAUGGUGUGCUCACGACCGUGGUUGAUGAUUUCUAUGAUGGUGGAGGAUCUGAAGAGGAAUUGGAUAACCUUAUAGAAUUGGUGGAAAAGUGGGAUCCUGAUGGGGAAGUGGGUUACUGUUCCAAGGACGUUGAGAUUGUAUUUCUUGCACUUCACAGCACAGUUUGUGAAAUAGGAAGAAGAGCUUUAGUAUGGCAAGGACGCAGUGUUAUGAGGAAUGUUAUCGAUGGUUGGUUGGCUCUGCUGAAGGUGAUGAGAAAGGAAGCUGAAUGGUCGACAAAUAAGGUAGUGCCAUCAAUGGGUGAAUAUAUGGAACAAGCCCAUGUAUCAUUCGCGUUGGGACCUAUAAUCCUUCCAAUGCUCUUCUUUGUUGGACCUAAACUCUCAGAGGAAAUGAUUGGAAGCUGUGAAUACCAGAAGUUAUAUAAGCUGAUGAGCACUGCUGGUCGCCUUAAGAAUGAUAUUCGAUCUUACGAUAGAGAAUGCAAAGAGGGAAAGCUGAAUAUUCUGUCUCUGUGGAUGAUUGAUGGCGGUGGUAAUGUCACCAAAGAGGAGGCCAUUGAAGCAAUUAAAGGGGAUUUUGAGAGGGCGAUAAGAGAGCUGCUGGGGUUAGUUUUGCAGGAGAACACUACAAUUCCAAGAGCUUGUAAGGAUUUGUUCUGGAAAUUGAUGUCCAUUGUGAAUCUAUUUUACAUGGAAGAUGAUGGGUACACUUCAAAUAGGUUGAUGAACACUGUAAAAGCCAUGUUUGAACAACCCAUGGAUCUGGAUGCACUAUUGAACAAAUGAACGAACAACAAACGAAAUAAGUUGUAGUGGGAAGCAGACGCCACCUAUUCACUGUCU